UCUGCCCGCAAAAUCCAACGGGUAAGCGAGAGAUGAUUCUAGACUCCGUCCCCACUCGGUCUUCCUACAUAACCCUCAUCCUCUCUUCCAAAACCCUCUCCAAUUUUCUUCUACAUUCCGUCUCUGCAACUUCAAUCCUCAACCUCAAUUGAUCCUCUUAGCUUCAUUCUUUCACCUGUCUCUAUCUGAAUUCUCUCUAAUCCAAAUAUGGCCUCAUCAAGUGCUCAAAUUCACGGUUUUGGAACCUCCCCAUCAUUUGCUUCUUCAUUGAAGAAGCCUACUUGCUCUCAUUCCAGAACUCUCUUUCUGGGUCAGAAGCUCAGCGAUUCAUCUUCUCUUCUUGGGUUCCCUCGCUCGGCAUUUCUCAAGCUAAAGAGCAAUACCAUCACCAGGAGGAGGUAUAGUGUGGGACCGGUGAGGGUUGUCAAUGAGAAAGUCGUGGGUAUUGACUUGGGGACCACGAAUUCCGCCGUCGCCGCCAUGGAAGGCGGGAAGCCCACCAUCAUAACCAACGCCGAGGGUCAGAGGACGACGCCCUCCGUCGUGGCUUAUACAAAGACCGGUGAUAGGCUUGUUGGGCAGAUUGCGAAGCGUCAGGCCGUCGUGAACCCAGAGAAUACCUUCUUUUCGGUGAAGAGAUUCAUUGGCAGAAAGAUGUCUGAGGUGGACGAAGAAUCGAAGCAGGUUUCGUACAGAGUGGUGAGGGAUGAAAAUGGGAAUGUGAAACUUGAGUGCCCUGCCAUAGGAAAGCAGUUCGCAGCUGAAGAAAUUUCAGCUCAGGUGUUGAGGAAGCUUGUGGAUGAUGCUUCAAAGUUUUUGAAUGAUAAAGUGACAAAGGCUGUAGUUACAGUUCCCGCAUACUUCAAUGAUUCUCAAAGGACUGCCACGAAGGAUGCUGGUCGAAUUGCUGGUUUAGAAGUUCUUCGUAUUAUUAAUGAACCAACUGCUGCUUCGUUGGCGUAUGGCUUUGAGAAGAAGAACAAUGAAACUAUUUUGGUAUUUGACCUUGGAGGUGGUACUUUUGAUGUAUCAGUACUUGAGGUCGGCGAUGGAGUGUUUGAAGUGCUUUCAACCUCUGGGGAUACACAUUUGGGUGGUGAUGACUUUGACAAGAGAGUUGUUGAUUGGUUGGCUACCAAUUUCAAGAGAGAUGAAGGUAUAGACCUUUUGAAAGACAAACAAGCUCUUCAACGACUCACUGAGACAGCUGAGAAAGCAAAAAUGGAACUUUCAUCCUUGACUCAAACCAACAUCAGUUUGCCAUUUAUAACUGCUACACAGGAUGGCCCCAAGCAUAUCGAAACAACCCUUACAAGGGUUAAGUUUGAGGAACUGUGUUCAGACCUUCUUGACAGGCUCAAGACACCAGUUGAAAACGCAUUGAGGGAUGCAAAACUCUCCUUUAACGAUAUUGAUGAGGUGAUUCUUGUUGGUGGGUCAACACGAAUUCCGGCUGUUCAGGAACUUGUAAAGAAGUUGACUGGAAAGGACCCAAAUGUCACUGUCAAUCCAGAUGAAGUAGUUGCUCUUGGAGCUGCAGUGCAGGCUGGAGUUUUGGCUGGAGAUGUUAGUGAUAUCGUGUUGUUGGAUGUAACUCCAUUGUCUCUGGGCCUGGAAACUCUUGGCGGUGUGAUGACAAAAAUCAUUCCCCGAAACACAACGCUACCAACCUCGAAGUCAGAAGUCUUCUCAACAGCUGCUGAUGGACAAACUAGUGUAGAGAUCAAUGUCCUUCAGGGUGAGAGAGAAUUUGUUAGGGACAAUAAAUCCCUUGGUAGCUUCCGGUUGGAUGGAAUCCCUCCUGCACCUCGUGGGGUUCCUCAAAUUGAGGUGAAAUUCGACAUUGAUGCCAACGGUAUUCUCUCAGUCACUGCUGUAGACAAGGGCACAGGGAAGAAGCAAGAUAUUACUAUUACUGGUGCUAGCACUUUGCCCAAUGAUGAGGUGGAUAGGAUGGUGAAGGAGGCAGAGAGGUUCGCGAAGGAGGACAAAGAGAAGAGAGAUGCCAUCGACACGAAGAACCAGGCAGAUUCUGUGGUAUACCAGACAGAGAAGCAGUUGAAAGAACUGGGAGACAAGGUUCCUGGCCCUGUGAAAGAGAAGGUUGAAGUUAAACUAGGAGAGCUUAAAGGUGCAAUUUCUGGUGGUUCUACACAAGCCAUCAAGGAUGCCAUGGCUGCCCUCAAUCAGGAGGUCAUGCAACUUGGUCAGUCCCUAUACAGCCAGCCUGGAUCCGCGGGGGCUGGUCCAGGUCCGACACCACCUGGUGGUGAGUCUGGCCCUUCUGAAUCCUCCGGCAAGGGACCUGAUGGUGAUGUGAUCGAUGCCGAUUUUACUGACUCAAAUGAGUAAGCAUAGGCUAACUGAGUUUUUUCCCUCAGUUUUGGGGGGGAGCCAGUAGUUAAGUUUUGCCAAUGGAGUGAAAGAAUGUUCUCAUAACUCUCAAUGAGAUUAGAAGGACUUCAUAGAUGCUCAAGAUGAAGGUAUGAUAUGUAGGCUGAAAAUGUAGUUAUAGAUUUCUUGGUUUUUUUUUUUUUACUAGUAUAUAUUAUUAUCACAAUAAUACCAAACGAUUAUUGAGUGGUGAUUCUAGAAUAUUCCAGCUAUAACUCAUCCUCAAUUUUUUUUCCAGUAGCAAUAAUCAAGUGCUCUUCGUUAGGAAAACAUAUUAGUAUAUUUUUAGUUGUUUGAAGACUCUUCAUAAUUAUCAAGUGAUUUACUGUUCAUUAUUCGGAAUAAGAAUAAUUAUAUUCACGUGCUUGAAGAUUGAAUUUUUA